GAGCCCGGGCGCGCGCUACUCUUUAGUCUCGUAGAUCUUCGCGCGGCGAACGCUCUACGCCCGGUGCCGGUUGUGCGCGCGUACGCGUUCUCGACUAUACGUGCAAGUCGUCAACAAAACAAACGCCCGCAUCGAACGAGUGCAUCCGAUGCGUCUUGCAUCUGAUUCGAGCGCAUAAGCAUUAGAUAAUAAAACGCAAAAAUAAUAAAAGCAGACGCAACGCCGGCGGCACGUGCCGGCAGCACGCAUGACGCCGUCGGGGGCGGCAGCGUGAACGCUAGCGACCGUGUGCGAAUAGGGGCGCGCGGUCGCGACCCGCGCGCUCACCUCCUUAGCGUUCGCGGUCCGGCAUAAGUGGUGCGGUGGCGUGCUGCAAGGAUGGCAGCGGGCAGGAGCUGACGACGGCCGCGGGCGACGAUGCCGCCGCCGCUGGCGGUAGCGGGCGGCGGGCCGACCGCCACUGUGGGCUAUGCUCGCUCGUCGCGCGCGCCUUCAGACGCGCGAUGUGCGGCGCGCCCAGCCGCCGCGGCAGCGGCGAGUCCUACCAGGAGCUGACCGCGCCGGAAGAACCUGAACAAAAAAGCGAAGGAGUCACAAUAGAUACAAACGAACAAAACGCCGUGUACAUCAAAAUGGUCGCGCCUGUGGAGGUGCCCGCGGCGCAGAGGUGUUUCUCGAAGGAGGACUGGGUACUGUUGGACGCGAUGGGAUGCACGCCGCAGCCGGGUUGCUCUGGCCGCUUUCUUACCAUGCACAAACGUCGGCGUAAGAAGUUAACAACACGUUGCCUGGCGCAGGAUCACGCCGCCAUUCUCGACGACAUCCACCACGGGCAGGUGGAGCGUAUUCUCACGCGCUGCGGCCUCUGGGCAUUCAACGCGUUUACGUUGGAGACCGUCACCGGUGGUCGCUCACUGCCAGUACUCUGCGUCCAUCUUUUCUACUGGUACGGACUCCUGGAUUAUUUUAAUCUGGAUGUCGUCAGAGUGUGGAAACUUUUCACUUUAAUUGAGGAGGGUUAUCACAGCACGAACCCCUAUCAUAAUUCUAUUCACGCCACAGACGUGACACAAGCAAUGCACUGUUUCCUGCAAGAGGAGAAGAUCAAAAAGCACUUAACGCCGCUGGAGGUAAUGGCGGCGUUGAUUGGUGCCGUUGCCCACGACCUGGACCAUCCUGGUGUCAAUCAACACUUUCUUAUUUCCACUUCAAAUCAUCUUGCCAUGUUAUAUCAAAAUAGCUCAGUAUUGGAAAACCACCAUUGGCGGUCGGCAGUUGGCUGUCUCUUGGAGAGCGGUGUCGCCGAGCAAGUUUUGCCUUACAAGAGCGAGUUGGAGGUGCAAAUCCGUGACCUCAUACUCGCCACCGACAUCAACAGGCAGCAGGAGUUUCUAACAAAGUUCAAGAAACAUCUGGACGAGGACACGCUCGAUUUGCGCAAGGCGGAAAACCGCCAGUUCAUAUUGCAGAUUUCGCUCAAGUGCGCUGACAUCUCUAACCCGACACGGCCGUGGGACAUCUCGCACAAGUGGAGUUUGAAAGUGUGCGACGAGUUUUUCAGGCAGGGUGAAUUUGAACGCAAGCUGAACCUUCCAGUCACUUCCAUUUGCGAUCAACAAUCAACGUCGAUUGCCAAGAUACAAGCAGGCUUUUUCAAAUUUGUUGUCUCGCCCUUGUUCACCGAAUGGCAUCGAUUCUUAAAAAGCAAUUUGUCCACGGACAUGAUGGACUAUUUGGAGUCGAACCGGAAGAAGUGGGAUGCACAAGAGGCGGCCGAACAGGCGGAGGAAACCCAUACCGAACUGUCGGACGCCGAGCCGGAACAACAUCUGAGCGACGACGAGGAUGAAGAGCCAUCCAAACUCUCUCCGGAAAUACCCAGCAUCACUGAAUUCUUACCUGCGCCAAGCAGAGAAUCCAGGAGACAAUCAUUGGCUGUGCCAACGCUGGAAAGCACAAUUGGCGUCAGGAGACACUCUGUACCUGUUAAUAUGGAGCAAUCACUGCCACGAACGCUAUACCGACGGGAAAGUCUGCCGAUACGUCGUCAGAGUCCAGCACCAUCCGAUUCUCGCGCAUCGAGUGGUUUGCGCGAAGAAGACGAACUUAUGAGAUUCGAAUCGCGCUCAUCGAUUCUCUCUUCAAGCAGCGGCGGUAUGCAUAGCUCAUGUGUCGACGACCAACCCGAGAGACCGCUGAGUGCCGAGAAUCUUCUUCCGGAACCCAGUAUUGCGUCUAUGACGAGCAGCGCUGCUGCGGGACGGCUUUCUUCGGUGCUGCACGGCGGGUCCGGGCAACCGACGAAAGCCCUCACACGCCAGCAAACCUUCCCGCCCCCGCAGCCCUAUGUCCGUAUGCGCUACAUGUCUGCCACCGUUGAAAUGUCCACGUGCGCUGAGGUCGUACAGGAGGACAAGUCCGAUUCGGAGAGCUCACACGAAAACAUAUCACACGUUCCACACUACACGAUACCAUCAAUAGCUGUGUUGAGUCCCAACAAUGGCCGACCAUCGGAGUUUACCGACACCUCACCGCCGAAGCCCUCAAUCUCUUCCAGCGGUAAGCGCGAACCGGAGGAACCCAAAGAAAAGAGCUUCAAACUGCAGAAGUUGUCCGAUAACGGACAGCGAUACGAAAAGGAAAAUGUGGAUCCACGCAGAACGAAUAAUUUAUCGAAGCGGAGAGGAUCCGCACCAGUUUCGUUGGUGCCGUUAGUACGCGGUGACGAGCAUGCGCCUCCUGCUGGCGGGGGGCAAUGUACUACCAGCGACUAUGCUUUGCGCCGCGGCUCGGUACCUGUGGACGUGGCACGUCACCGCUUCGAAGACGACGCUCACCUAGAGGCGAGUGUGCCGCCGCCUGCCGCUGACCAACCGUUUACACUCUGGCACUACCAGAGGCGAGGUUCGGCUCCAACGGAUCUCCCACCGCUUGGCGCUGCUGGCGAGCGCCGCGAGCUGCUCACGCGGCACACUAGUCUCAAUGGUAAACGGCGUAAGAAACAAUUGCGCAGACGGAGCUCGGGCGGGCCCGAAACCGUCUGCAUUGGCUUGGAACCAAACGCUGAUUCCUUAUCUAGGUUGCUGAUGCAGAAGAACGACGUACCCGACACGCUGCUGGCUCGGCGUCGGGGAUCGCUUCCGAUCGAAGUUCUUACCGUUGGACAUUCAGCAGUAUUUUGACGGUUGCCACUUCAGCCUAUUUGGGGGCCUGGACAUCGCCGUCCAAAGUGCAAUAAGGACCAACGCUAUUGACUGACGCAUCUAUCAUGAAACGGUAGCUAGAUUAUUCGAUAUACAAAACAAACAUCAUUCAGCGACACAACAACACAAAUGAGGAAGCCAAAUUUAGGUAAUUAACGAUAAAUGUUACUCAUAAGUACUCGUCAUGCUAAACUAUCUGGAUUCGGUAGUUCAGUGUUAAAAAUUAAAACGUUGUACGUGAAUGAGUGAACUUUUGCUGUCUAUGUUCCGAACUGUAUUUCAUUCUAUUAAUUCCGAUCGUAGGCCGUAGCGAAUUUCGUGCAAAUGCAAACUAUUUGGUAGCUGACGUUUUCUUUGGUUGCGCGAAACAUCCGUCACUUCACGCACAUCUCUGCUCAUGUGUGUACAUAACGAAAAACAACCAAACCAAAAUGCUGGAUCAACCCUGUGUGACUAAUUUACGAAACUUUAAACGAUUACAUUUCGAACGCACCUUGAGUUCCACCUAUAUCUCAACAGGGUUUCAGACGAGUUUACAAGCAUACGAUUUGUUUAUCUAUACACAACUCUUUGACAACUAAUUAUACGAUGGCUCACAUUUCACACAUUUACUAGGUAACUGACUACGGUACAUUGUGUCAAGAAAUCAAUUGUCUCCGAUCGUUAUUGAAAUGACUGUUGUGACCCCUGAUGAUGUGGUGGCCUGAAUUUCUUGGGCCAUUCGGUAGUUUGAACCAUUAAUGUUAUUCUUUAACAAUUUCUUUAUCUCACAGCGAGAUUUCGAAUUAUUUAACGACGAAUUAAAACUAGUACACACAGAAAAAAUCCUAGAACAAAGAAGAAGUCUCCGUAGUUGCCAUAACAAGUAAGAGAUAUAACUGUAUUGUGAAAACUCAAUAGCUGUUUAAAUGUUCAAAAGUUUUAAUUUAAUUGUGCUGUAAUCGUACUAUCAUAUUGUAUGUAGUAGUUAACUUAGCGAUGAUUUUCGUCGCAUCGCGCAUCGAUCCGAGGAGCACACAAGAUAUACCACACGACACACGUUAUAAUUCCACUAUUUUUAGUGAUUUGUUUAAAAAUCGUUUGAUUUUGGUUUCGCUUCUACCAAAAUGUAGGACGACGUUCACGAUUUAUGCGUUCGCAUUGUUUACGCUUUCGUUUAGAAAGACUCGAUGAUAAAAAUGUAAGUUUGGACGAACGAGCGUCUCGAAAUGGCGCGCUAACCGCGAUUUCGACACGCUCGGCAAUAAAAAUGUACCAUUAUGUAGGACCAUACCGUUGAACUAACAGGGUUAAUUAUAAGAGGUGUUUCCAAAUAAGACUGCUUAGGAAUGACAUUUAAGACGGUUUUAAAGCCGCGGUGAUCGGGCGGAGGCGCACCUCGCUUUUCGCCCGCUCUCGCGCGGCGUUUACGCUUAAAUUUAAACAAGUUCAACAUGAGUACUCAUCCGUUUGUUGAGAAAAUGGUUAAAAAAUUCAUGUUUGUAAGUUAUGAUUGACGACGACAAAAUCAAACAUUGUUCAUUCUUUUUGAAAAUGAAUAUGUAUAGUAUGUAAUUCGAGAAAACCAAUUUUAUCGUUUGACAAUGAUUUGAAUAUGUAAUUUAUUAUACUAAGUGAAAAAUAAUAAAUUUAUUGGUUCAAAAAUUUAA